CAUAUCAGCAAUCAGGAUUUAAGAGGGAGGGAUUAGUUUGAGAAUUUAACAUAUUUUCUUGAAAUAACGACUUCCUGUCAGCAAACAGCAAUUGUAGGGUUCUCUGAAUUAAGCGCCAAAAAUUAUUACCAUCGUGUUGGAGAAGAAGCAUGAAGUCUCAAUUCGCUGCUGCGUAUCGGCCCCCUGUUAAAUUCCGAAUGCCAACUGCGGAUAAUCUAGUUCCAAUUCGACUGGACAUUGAAAUUGAUGGUCAGAGAUAUAAAGAUGCCUUUAUUUGGAACACUUCAGAUCCUGAUUCAGAGGUUGCGGUGUUUGCAAGACGGACUGUAAAAGAUUUGAAGCUUCCACCAGGAUUUGUAACUCAGAUUGCUCAGUCCGUUCAAUCUCAGCUGACUGAAUUUCGAUCAUAUGAAGGCCAGGAUAUGUUUAUUGGUGAGAAGAUUGUCCCCAUCAAGCUAGAUCUUCGAGUAAAUCAGACUCUUGUCAGGGACCAGUUUCUCUGGGACUUGAACAAUGUGGAGAGUGAUCCUGAGGAAUUUGCAAAAACCUUCUGUGCUGACAUGGGUAUUGAAGAUCCUGAAGUUGGACCUGCUAUUGCUUUUGCCAUAAGGGAGCAACUAUAUGAGAUUGCAGUCCAAAAUGUUACCUCCUCAAAGGAGAUAAAAAUAAACAAGAAGGGCCGUCGUGGAAUUGAGUACAUACCUGUUAGUAAAGCUGGUGUUACUGCAGUGGAUUUGGCCAAAUUAUUUGGCAGCAAAUCAAGUGUCAUUCGAAAGAGGAAAGAUUGGGACGUGUUUGAACCAAUUGUUGAUAUUCUCUCAAAUGAGGAAGUAGAAGCCCUCGAAGCUAGAGAAGACAGGACUACUCGCUGAACAGAUGAGAUGAGAGUUGAUGCUCCGUAAGGGAAAUCUAUUUCUAUUCGCCACUCUUCCAGUCUGUAGUCUCUACUUGCACCAUCUUUAUUCAAGUGAAUAUUCAGGGAAAAUACUAUCGACUUUUAUGUUCAUCUCAUGUUGAAGUGAAGCAACUCCCUUUAGUUGCUAGUUGCUACAAAAUAUUUGCAUUCCAAAAUGCAGUUUUGUAAAUUAUAGUGUUAUGAUUUUCCAACAAGAGUGAAAAUCAGCUCUUUUUACUAAAAGGAAAAGGAAUUUUCUACCCAGAAUUAGACUAGUUUUAUCACUACUAUUUUUUUUAUGCGAGUGUAUUACCACCUUAAAAACUGAAUAUUGGCGUCAACGAAGAUCAAAAUUCCAAAAGAUAAUGUGCAAAAUAUUUUAAUUCCUU